UUUACCUCUGAUUUGGAAAAAGAGUUUUGUAAUUAUAAAUUACAUUUUAGCUCUGAGGAGCUCAGCUAAAAAAUUUUCUCCUCAUUAAAGUAACUGGAUUACUGCAGAAUGACUACAGAAGUAAUACUACAUUAUCGACCAAAUGAGAGUGAUCCAACACAACUGUCCAAAAUUGCAGAGAAAGUAAUUCAAGACUUUCCUACACGUCCACUAUCAAAAUUUAUUCCUUGGUUUCCACAUGAUGGGUCCAAACUUCCACUCAAACCUAAAAGAUCACCACCUGUGAUUUCUGAAGAAGCAGCUGAAGAUGUGAAACAGUACUUAGCCAUUUCAGAACAUGAUGUUAAAUCACAUAGUUACGAUUGCACUGUAAAUCUAUUGGAAUUCCAACCUAAUUUGAAAAAGAAGCACUUAACCCUAUCACACACACUGCACGAACAGACUAAUUUGGGAGAUCUGGAUAAAGGAAAACAGCAUCAAAUGAGAUCUUGGAGUAUUUCGCUUCCUAGAAGUAAUUGUACUGAAAAUAUUUCUCCUUUAUCUAAAAAGUUACAAGACACUUUAAAGACACUAAAUCUGCACUCAUUUCAUAGAGCAAGAUGGACAAUAGAACACACUGUAUGUAACAGUCUAACUUUGGAAGACAUUUGGGCAAAACUCAGUCGAAUUAUCAAGCACAAUGAACUUCCAUCUUGUAAUGCUACCAUCCAGAGACAUUUAGGCCAAAUAUGGGUAUUCUGUGAUCUUAUGUACUGUGAAUAUGUGGGGAAUCUUCUUAAAGGAAGGUUAGCUCUUACUGGAAAAAUGAAUUUAUUUGUGCAUAAAUAUGGUGUUAUUUUUAGUAUGUGAUGAAUUCCAGUGAUUGUUAAAAAUAAUAUACUGAACUGAAAUAGAUGAAUCCAUUCUUAACAAGUUUUUAAUUUUUUAAUGAUUUAAUUUU